CCACCUCCCGCCUCUCAGUCAAUACCCUCCCGUGAAGUAAUAUUAGUAUGGCGACUGCACAGGGCGGAUAUGCCAUUGGUCGAGGCAAGGGUGACCCUUAUUGCUACCAGGUUGGUUUCGGCAAUACAUUCGCCUCCGAAGCUCUGCCAGAUACCCUCCCUAUCGGACAAAAUAACCCGCAAAAGAGCAAGUACGGAUUGUAUACUGAAGGGGUUAAUGGCACCCCGUUCACUGUCCCAAGAAACCAGAACCAGCAUUCGUGGUUCUAUCGCAUUCAGCCCUCAGUGGCUCAUGGCGGCUUCGUGACUGCCGAGAAACAGAACCCAUAUCUCGUGGCAGAGUUUUCUCUCCUGGACCCCAAGCAAAUCAUGACCCCAACGCAGCUUGCAUGGCAUCCACACGAACCUCCUGCCAACGAACAGGUCACCUUCGUUUAUGGCCUCAAGACGAUGAUGGGCAAUGGCAGUCCGAUGCUCCGCGAAGGCAUUGCGAUCCACAUAUACGCUUGCAACGCAAACAUGGGCAAGGAAGCGUUCGUCAACAGCGAUGGUGACUUUAUGAUCGUUCCAGUACUCGGCAGACUCGAUAUCCAGACUGAAUUUGGAAGGAUGAUGGUAUUUCCUGGGGAGAUUGCCGUCGUGCAGCGUGGGCUGAAGUGGAAAGUCACGCUACCGGAUGGCAAGGCUGUCGGCUACGUCCAGGAGAUUUUUGGCAUGCAUUACGAGCUGCCCGAGCUGGGACCUCUUGGGGCUAGUGGCCUUGCUAAUCCUCGCGACUUUGAGCAUCCGGUAGCACAUUUCGAUAUCGAUCAGACGCUUUGGGAAGUCACGUACAAACUCGGUAGCCGACUCUUUACCUGCAAGCAGGAGCAUACUCCGUUCGAUGUCGUCGCCUGGCACGGGAACUAUGUCCCAUACAAAUACGAUUUGGACGCCUUUAUCGCCUGUGGAAGUCUCACCAAGGACCACAGUGAUCCCUCAAUUUUCACGGUCCUCACCGCGCGCUCUAAGACAUCCGGGGUCGCACUCGCAGACUUUGCAAUCUUUAAGGAGAGGUGGGAUGUUGCGAACAGGACGUUCAGACCGCCUUAUUUCCACCGCAAUACUGCCUCGGAAGUCCUGGGCCUGGUUUAUGGGCAGUAUGGAGGACGUAGCGACGGGUUCACUCCCGGUGCGCUGAGCUUCGAGACUGGAUUUUGCCCUCACGGAGUGGCCGAAGACGUCUACACCGCCGCCUCAGAAGGAGAGCUGGUCCCACGCAAGGUCCAAGAAGGGGCGCUCAUGGUCAUGUUCGAGUCGAGUAUGAUGAUGACCAUUACCGAGUAUGCCAUGAAGACAAAUAAGCGGCACGAGCACGAACCGGGGAUGUGGAACGGCCUGGACGCCAAAUUUAUGAAAUACAAGGAUAAGAUUGAGGCAGACCUGAAGACUGCUGGUCGUCCACCUUUAGCCAAGCUGUAGAGGGCCGCGGCGAUUGCGCCAUGUGUAAUUUGUACUGCCAAUAGCGUGAUAUGCUGCCUCUUCUUUCUUAAGGAUCCGCGGGUCGUCGGUGUACACACCAUCC